AUGGGAGGCAAGCUGAGCAAGAAGAAGAAGGGGUACAAUGUGAACGACGAGAAGGCCAAGGACAAGGACAAGAAGGCCGAGGGGACGGGGACCGAAGAGGAGGGAACCCCGAAGGAGAAUGAGAGCCAGGCCGCGGCCGAGCCCACCGAGGUGAAGGAGAGCAAGGAGGAGAAGCCCGACAAGGACGCGCCGGAGCCCGCGGCCCAGCCCGAAGACAAGGAGGGCGACAAGGACGCCGCCGGAGCCCAGGAAGACGCGCCCAAGGCCGAGCCCGACAAGGCCGAGGGGGCGGCCGAGGCCAAAGCGGAGCCCGCCAAGGAGCCGGAGCCCGAGCCGCAGGCCCCCGCCGCCGCCGAGGGCAAGUCCGCCGAGCCCGCCGCCGCCGAGGGCAAGGCCGACGCCACGGCCACGGCCAAGGCCGACGCCACAGCGCCCCCUGCCGCCGAUGACAAGAGCAAGGAGGACGCGGAGGCCAAAAAGACUGAGGCUCCCGCCGCCCCGGAGACCAAAAGUGACGCGGCCCCGGCUUCAGACUCUAAACCGGGCAGCGCCGAGGCUGCCCCCUCCUCCAAGGAGACCCCCGCGGCCACGGAGGCGCCCAGUUCUACACCCAAGGCCCAGGCCCCCGCGGCCCCGACCGAGGAGGCCACACCCGCCGAGGCCGCGAACCCCGACCAAACCGUGGCCGCCAAGGAGUAA